AGAAAAUAAACAAACCAUUGAAAUCCGACUUGGACAAAAAGCAUGUUAUUGCAAAAAUGUGUUGGAAUAUAUGGAAGGUAAAACAUGGUUUCACUUGGAGUUACAUUAUGUUUAUUGCCCGUGAUCGAGAGGGCAUAAGAGUGAUGGCUUGAAGAGGAGUUUUGCUGGUGAGAGGAAGAUAUUUCUCAGGGAUAUUUAUUUUUCCGAACUUGUAAACAAUGGAGGCUACAAAAAGAAGGGAAAGACGCAGGGAAGACGGCCAUGGAAGCCAUCACCAUCGACAUUCACGGGAAAACAAUAAUUAUGAUUUUGAUUUUAACGACAUCAGUCGAGCUUCGACCCCAACAAGCCAGUUCAGCUCGAGAUCUGAGGGUCGCAAAAAGGAGCGAGAACAUAAGUACUCGGUCGAUGAUUAUAAGCGUAAGAUCGCUAGGCUAAAAAGUGAGUUGGAUCUAGAAAAAGCGAAAAGUAAAAAGGCUCAUAAAGAGAAAUCUAGUGAGCUCAGAGAGAUGCGUGAUUCAUAUGAAGUUCGGAAACAAGUCGAAAUUGAUGAACUAGAAGAUAAGAUGAAGAGAAAAUUGGAAAAAGAAAAGAAACAAUUGGAAGAAAACUUGAAAAAUAGCAUUAUGGAGGAGAAAGAUAGAGAACUUCAGGAUGUGUUAAAGUUUAAAGAAGAGGAACUAAGAGAAUUGAAGAAAAAGUUUAAGCAAGAAAAGGAUAGUGCUUUGAGAUUAGCCAUCGAUAAUGAGAAAAGAAUAAUGACCGAUAAGGAAAGAGGAAUGGUUGAUGAAAUUGAAAAGCUGAAACAAGAUAGAGAUAAGAUGGAACAACAAUAUAAGAAGAAACUUGCUGAAGAAGCUAAAAAGGAAAAGGAAUUUGCAAAAGUGAAGGAUGAAUAUGAAGGUGAAAUGAAGAGGAUUUUAAGUGAUUCUAAAAAGCUUGCUAUGGGUAACCUUGAAAAGUUGAGGAAGGCUGAAAAAGCUCUCAGUGAACAUGCAGGAGAGUCGGAUGAUGAAUUAGACGAGAUGGAAUUUAAUGAUCUUUUAGCGGAUUUACAGAUGAUGCAGAGUCAGGCAUCUAGCCGAGCAGUGAGUCGCUCAGUGUCUACGACUAGUGAACUUAAGUUUGACGAAAUAAACGCCCACAUAAACAACCUUCUGUCCUCGCCAGCCGUGACACCUGGACCCUCAGGUCAAGGUCACAUGACACCGUCUAUGCAAGGUCACAUCACACCGGGCAUCCAAGGUCAAGGUUACAUGGAGGGGCCUUCACCUUUGACCUUAAAAGGAGUGAAUGGGGAAAGCAAAAGGUCAUCGUCUGCUAUGAGCGAGCCAGCUAGGGACUUAUUUAAUCGUAAGCAGGAAGAGCGAGACCGGCAACUACAGAAGAAAGUUUCAGAACUACAGACGCAGACGCAGAGGCUUGAACGCAAGAUCGCCCUUCUUAAGACCGAAAAUGAAACACUGAAACGGAAACAGGAUGACAAAAAGCCUCUGGAGGAGAAAAUCAAAACCCUCAAAAAGCGAAAUGCAGAACUGGCAGCCAUCGCCCGAAGACUUGAAGAGAAAGCAAAACAUCUGCAACAGGAAAAUGUUAAGAAAGCAAAAGAGAUGGCUGCAGCCAGCCAGGGGGCGGGACAAGUGGGCGUUCACUCUCAGGAUCAGAUGAAGAAACUGUUUGCACGGCAACGGGCAAAGGACCUUUCUGAACACGCCAAACAGAUGCUCUCCAAAGACCGAGAAAUCGAGGACCUGCGGAAGAAAUGUCAGGAGCUUGCAGAUUCACUUAGUAAUGCGGACUUCCUCGGACCUGAGAACUGCGAGAUGUACGAGGAGAAGGAGGAACUAGUUGCCAUAAUCAAACAUGCUGCCAAGGAGCGAUUGUCCAUGGAACGCCAGCUUGCCAUCGCCAGACCUGGACAGGACUCGAAGGUUGUGAGCUCGGAGCGUUAUCGAGAACUCGAGGAUACAAACGAAGUUUUGAAACAGGAAAUUGCAAAACUAGAGCGGGCACAGAGUGAUACUGAGCGAUUGGAAAUUGAGCUGACGCAGAAGAAGCUUGAGUGUGAACGCCUUAACCGAGAAGUUGAUGAGGAGAGAGUCAAAUCAAAAAAUCUUGAAGGGAAACUUGUUACCAGUCAACGAGAGCAGACUCAACUGACCAAUCAGGUGACAGGAUUGCAGACACGCCUUGUUGAGCUUGAAAAGGUGAACGAGGAAUGUAGCACCUUGAGAUUAAGCCUGAGUGAUGCUCAACAUGAGUGUGAGGUGGCGAAGAGUGAGGUGUCCGUUCUCCAGCUGAAGGUCCAGAACCUCGAAACUGUUGUUCAGAAUCUAGAAUUUUCUACAGAGAAGUUAAAACAGGUUGAAAAAGACUAUCAUGACACUGUUCAGAAACUACAGUCUAAACAACAGGAGAUUGACCAUCUACAAAAGAUCCAAGAAAGUGCCAGAGACAAGUACGAAACAGCAAUAACAUCGUUACAAAAUAAAAUUCACGGACUUGAAACGCAGUGUGAACAACAAAGCUUAAAACAGCAGGAACUGAAUGAGGAAAUCACAAAGUUACGAACACAAGCAGUGACUAAGUCUCGUAAUAUCUCUAGUGCUGAAAUUCAGACAGGAAGGAGUUUAGAAUUUGCGCCUUCAUCUACGUCGUCACCUAAUCAAUCACCACGUGCCAGUCCGGUUGUUGUGAACGGAACUUUACAAAAAUCACCAUCACCAGUAACGCCAUCGAAAAGUUCACAACUAAAGUCUCAGACACCAUCAAAAUCACCCGCCAUCAAAUCGCCCAUUACAAAGCCAGUAUCGCCAGCUCACAGUACACCCAUUGCCAGCAAGGCCCAUAACUCUGCAAAGAACUCACAUUCAUCUGAGGUGCUAGCCAGUCAGAUCACCCCAAUUCUUCAGUCAGCUCCCCGAAAGUCCAAUCAUGGCCAAGAACACUCAGAGUCUACCAAGUCUGCAGGAACUGAUACAGGUUACGCAGAUGACGAUGAUGUGAACCAGACUAGCAAUUUAUCGCCGGAUCUGGAUAAGGGUGAAUUCGAAGACCCAGAAUUGCUAGCUAUUGCUGAAAAAUUGAAAGAACUCGAAAUUCAAUCAGAUUCUGACGAAAGUUCCAAAUCAGAUAAGGGAGACGACUCUGGAAUGGAGAGCAGGGGAGAUCAGCGUGUAGAAAGAGAGGCGUCAGAAAUAUCGGUGCUAGAAAGUCGCCUGUCAGUCCUCGCUAAGAAGGGACCAAUACAAGUGUACAUUGCUAAAUAUAGCUAUGACCCUUACAAAUAUUCGCCCAAUGAAAAUCCGGAGGCGGAGUUACCCCUCAAAUCACUGGACUAUGUGCUUAUAUACGGAGAAAUGGAUGAGGAUGGCUUCUUUGAUGGAGAGUUGUUGGAUGGGCGUAGGGGAUUGGUGCCGUCAAAUUUCAUCGAAAAGGUCGCCGAGGAGGACAUGGGAGACUUCCAUGCUGCUAUGGCAAAUGCGGGACACGAAGAUGACAGUACUGCAGCAAAUAGUGUGGCCGUUCCUGACCUUGACUCUAGCGAUGACCUUGAAAAGCCAGAUGACCUUGAACAGGACUCACGAUUGCGGGCUGAUAUUACAAGUGACCUUGACAAUAUAGACGAAGAAGACGAGAACAACUUUAUUAGUAGUCAUAGACAAAGCAAGGACCUCAUACACACUGGUGCUCCAUUUCCCCGGAACCUGCAGCUGGAUCGACAGCUAGCCAGCAGUAUUCUUGUGAGCUGGCAGCCGCCUGAUAAUGUUGACCUAGCAGAUAUUCGCUCAUACCAUGUUUUCCUGGAUGGUGACUUUAAGAUGUUGGUACGCGGCAAUGAACGAACCAAAGCACUUUUGGAGAAUGUCGAGUCAAGAAAGAUUCAUCGAGUGAGUGUUCGCUGUAUCAGCUCUCAAGGGCAGUCACAUGACAACCAAUGUACCAUCCUCGUUGGAAAAGACGUGAUCCCUGCACCAUUUGAUCUGCGUGUGUUCGACAUCACGGCUAACACUGUGACGAUUACAUGGACGCCUGGUGACAGUCGCCUGCAUCACGCCAUCUUUGUUAAUAACGUAGAGGCUUGGGUCGCUAAACCGGGCGUUUUCUCUUAUACUGUAACAGGUUUAAGCCCUGCUACAAGUCAUACAGUGAAGAUUCAAGCCAAGGACAUGGCAGGCCGGUUUGACAACAAUGUGCGGGCAGAUAAACUUACAUCCACCGUGGAGUUUACCACUGAUAAGGGGGGAGCCCCUGAGCCCCCUGUCAAUGUCCAGGUUGAGUCGGGACCAAAGGACGGGUCUAUCCUACUGACCUGGCUGCCUGUUACCAUAGAUGUAGCAGGAUUCUCCAAUGGUGCUCUCGUUGCUGGCUACAGUGUGUACGGUGACGGCAAGAAAGUCAAGCAUAUUUCUGGUGCUACAAACGAUCACUCCAUCUUGGCCCUGGAUGACUUUGCAGGCCAAGCCCCAAAGGAGCUGUACGUUGUCACGGUAACUCAAGGAAAGAUUGAGUCGGAAAUGUCAGAGGUUGUCCGUCUGCCGGCUAAUCUUGUGCAGGAGUUGACCAAUGGGGCGGCAAAACCGUUUUCUGACAGUCCAAGCAGGACACAUGAGAAAUCACCUAUAAACACACAAGACCCUUUGGAAAAGAUAGACCAGGCAUUUGACAAGCUUAACCAGGUCUACGAGCAGCAGGAGCAGAUAGCUGAGAAUUCUGGGACCAAGUCUCCAUUAGCAACUAGUCAGGCCACACCCAAGAAGUCCCAGCCCAAAGGUGAAACAGGUCCCACACAGCAAAUGUUACCGCAAAUUGAAAUAACCCAAGAGAGCAGUGUAGCGAGAGACCAUAAGGAAUAUAGUGCCACCAAUGAUAAAGUGUUUGCAAAAUCUGACUCCAAGGGGAGCUCUAAAUCCCCAAAUCAUGAAACAAAUACAGUGAAAGACAAGUAUAGUUCCCAUAUGGAUAAUCGUGAUGGAUAUCGGGAAAAUGUGAAUAGCCGAACACAUGGCGAUGAUUAUGAUAUUACAGACAGGGGAAGUUUAGACCGUAUUAGUGCCAGUCAGAGCGAGCCUCAUUCUGAUCAUAGACAUACCAAGAGUGUGAGCCCGUCACGUAACAGUAACAGCCCACGGGCUCAAGAAAGUCCUCGGACUCGGGAAAGCCCUCGAGAGCGUCAAGAUCACAGUCCGCAAGAUCGGAGAAAAGAUGGUGUCAGUCCUCGAUCAAAGGGCAGACAAUCCGCCAAAAGUCCAGUGCCUAGUCCUUCCCAGUCGAAAUCAAAUAAGCCAUCAUCUGGUUACCAAGGUGAAACAGAAACCUUAGAGCUUUCAAAAAUAUCCUCCAUCGAGAAGGAAGGGGAUAUUUCAAACUUUCCAGAGUCAGACGACGAUUCAAUCACGGGGGAGAUAAAUCCUCCUGUUGACGACAGCCGGAUAAGAUUAUUUGUUGCUUUGUUCGAUUAUGACCCGGAAUCGAUGUCACCGAAUCAAGACUCUUUAGAGGAAGAGCUGCCUUUUAGGGAGGGCCAGAUUAUUAAAAUAUAUGGUGACAAAGACGCAGACGGAUUUUACCGUGGUGAGUGUGCAGGACGUAUCGGCUACAUCCCAUGUAACAUGGUGUCCGAGAUCCAGGUCGACGACCCUGAACUCGAGGAACAACUCAUGCGAGAGGUCCAGGAAAACGGAUCCUUGGCGAACUCAGCUAUAUCCGAACAGUUGUCAACAUCAGACAAGUACCUAAAACCUAUCACAUCUAACGGUGUACAUUUGAGCCCGACGGAUAUGCCUGCAGCUGUGGGUGAAGUCACUGUACGAAGGACGAUCGCCAUGUAUGAUUACGACCCCCAGGAACUUUCGCCUAAUGUUGACGCUGAGGUUGAAUUGUCUUUCAAAGCAGGAGAUAUUAUCAUCUGCUAUGGGGAGAUGGAUGAUGAUGGUUUCUUCAUGGGAGAUAUAAAUGGGCGACGCGGGCUGGUACCCUCAAACUUUUUACAGGAAACCGGGGCCUCAGACGAAGAGGCUCUCGAUUCAGUGAGCGUCGUAACACCCGCAAGGUCAGGCGAAAGUAUCAACACUUCUGAUUCGAGAAAGUCCGAACAAUCUGAGAAAAAUGAUUCUAAACAGCACUACCCUCAACAACAACAACAGCAGCAGCACCAGUCAGCGCGUGCUAGCCCAGGGACGGGUGAUUCCCCAACAGGCGUGGCAAACACCGGACUGGAUCAAGUAACAGAAGACAUCGACGACGAUUUUGGAAUGUCUCGUCCCCGCUCGCUGACGCCCGACGAGCUAAAACAGAAAAAGAAAAGCGGAGGAUUUUUUUCAAAGGGGAAAAACAUUUUUAAGAAGUUUACGAGAUAGCAAGCAAAAAAUGACAAAAAAAACAACAACGAUAAAGGUGCUUUUUUGGUCACAUAGUUUACCCAUGACUAGCUUAGACUGAAAAAUUGGCAACUGAUAAUUUCUAACAGGGGAAAGAACUUCUACAAAUGUUCUGUAUAGUAAAUAAUGAAAGAAGAGAAUAAGAAUGGGUAUUGUUACCAUUACAAGUUGAAUUUAAAAAUAAUAUAUUCUUCAUAUUUGAGGUCAUUGCAUUUGGAAUUUUUAUUAGAAGUGAGUGAAGCUGAUAUAUAUGCGUAAGAAAAGUAAAAACAGUGAUAUUAGGUUGUUGGUACCCCUUAGAUGAAUGGUGAUAAAAUGCAUGCUAAAUUAUUUUAAAUAUUGCAAAAGUAUGUUCUAGACACAAGCUAAUAUUAUAUUGCAAAUAAUCCAGAGGCGAAAAAAUUCCUGUCGUUUGACCCAAGUUGAUUGCAAAUAAUCUUAAGACAAAAGAUUUCCUGUCUUGUGACCAUGUUGAUUACAAACAAGCUGAUUGCAAAUAAUCUCAAGAGAAAAUGUUUCCUGUCUUGUGACCCAAUUUAAUUACAAAUAAUCUAUAAACAAAAUGUUUCCUGUCUUGUGACCAAGUCAGGUGUGAAACAUUCCUUCUAUGUGACAGUAUUUUGAUGCAUUGUAAUUUUUCACGAUGUUAUGUAACGUUAUGUGCCAGUAGAUCUGAACUCUUCAAAUUGUGUUGUUUCAUUGUUCUGCAUUUAUUUUGUUGUUUUGCCGACCAAUUUAGAUAUUACAUUUAUAUAAAGUUGAGAUCGUUAAGUGUUAAAUAUGUUUGUUAAAAAAAGAAAGCGACCUGUGACACUCUUUAUAUCUUGUCUUUUGAAUAGAUUUAUGAAAUUUGUUUCCUAAGCUGAAAGUGUAAGUAAAAAAAAUUGACAUCCGUUCUAAAAAAAAACUUAAAAAAAUUUGAUUCAGUUAAAAAAAAUUUUUAAUUGUAUAUUAGACUUAGUUGUUUUUUUUACAAUGAUAAAGAUCGAAGAAGUGCUAUAGUAUCAUCUCAUAUAUUUUGUCAGUAAUAUAAAGUUUAUGAAUAAUAAAUCUUUUUGCCAUAAAAUCAUGUAACUAUAGCUUUUUGCUUAGUAAGCGUUAUAUAAUAUUAUUCUAAUUAUUAUAUUAUACGGUUUAUUAUAGAAUUUUUGUCAAAGACUAGUGAAGUUUGCAUUUUUUCUCUCCAGAUUUUUGUUAGAUUUGGGGCAAUGUUUUUGAUAGAAUAUUUGUCUACAUGGAAACUGUGAUAUAUCCGGCCGUUGUUAAAAAAACCCUGUUUGCAGUGGCUCUGGCAAAAUUUAUUAUAGUUGGUAGUUCUGAAAAAACUGUCUUUGUCCAAGACUUUGUGUUUAAUGAAGGAUAUAUUCGUUUUUCGUGCAUUUUACAAUAUGUAUGCUUUGUUGCUAUUUUAAAAUCUAUGAAGAUCUUAACACGUCUUUGAAAAUUUUCAAAAACUGUGUCCGUCUGCAUGAACGCUUAAUAAAUAUAAGUAUUUUCAUUUUUCUCUUCUUUUAUUUUAUUAUUCUAAAGUAAUGAUGUAAUAUAUUUCAGGUCAAAUAAGGGAAAUAAAUCUGAUAUCUGCAUUUAACAUAUUUGAAAAGGAAUGAUGGAUAUUCCAAAUGUUGUUAACCAUUUGUCAAAUGACAUGGCUUUUGUCCAAUCAGAGUGAAGCAAUAAAAUAAGAAACGACAUCAUAUUAUGCCACUCGGUUCUUUUUGCACGGUUCAUGCAAAAUGUACAUUGUUUUUAUUUUUACUGUAGAAAAGACAUGGGCAAUGUAAAUAUUUAACAUUAAUGAGAGAACCUACAAAUCCCGUUUGGGCCACUGCAAACAAGCGAUGUUUUAAUGAUAGCCACGUUAGUUUUAGUUAGUCUGCAACCCCUUUGUCUUAUUGUAUUUAACAUUCCCUCCAAAAUGUGUACAGAUGUUUAAUAUAUUACGUUUCCAUCGAUAUGGUUGUGUUAAAGUUUUUGUGACAUAUUUUAUAACUUUAAACAUUAUGUGUAGCUUAAUAAUUUGGUUUAUGUACGUUACCGCUAGGUCUGAGAGUUACUGCAUAGAAAUGAAGGUCCAUAAAGAUUUGUAAUUGUAUGAUGGUAUAUGCGGGUAAUAUACCAAUAAAUGUAAUGAUUUUUUGCCCAUUCACACACCACUGAGAAAAAAAGUAAUAGAGAAAAAAGUGUAACUUCUUUUGCGAAUUCAAAAUAUUUUUGUAGAUGUUUCAUUAAUGUUAUGUAAGAUUUAGAUAAAUCUUUAAGUAUAUUCAUGAAUGUCCAACAUCUGAAUAUUUAAAUAAAAAUGUGAGGUUUAAAGAAUAGUAUAAAAUUAUAAAAACAAAUCAUAUGUGGAUGAAUUGUGUUGCAGUGACUUUAAGACUUAUAAAUGCCAAAUGUUGCUGUAUGGAGCAUGUUUAAUCAAAACAUCUUGUUAAGUUUGCUUUAAUAUCAGAUAUAUCUAUGAAUAUUCUGUGAAAAAAUGAGAUAGUCACUUUAAAAAAAAAUCAUAUCUAUAGAUAUUCUGAGAAAAACAAAUUGAUUUAGUCACUUUAAAAAUAUUCAUAUUUAAAGAUAUUCUGAGAAAAAAAUAAAUUGAUGUAUUCACUUAACAUUUAUUAUUGAAUUAUUUGUUCUUGUCUAUGUGGCAAUUGUGGUAGGAUCAUUUUCAGUUUUAAAGACAUUCAGUAUAUUUUAAACUAGAUGUUUACAAAAUAAUUAAUGUAAGUCAGAGCUUUAAGCUUUUUCAGUUUUUUUAGGUGUUUUCUGAAGUCUUUUAGACAUUUUUUUUUAAGUGAAAAUUGUGUUAGAAGCUGUUAAUCUUUUGCUAGUUGAGCGAGUAAGAUUAUUUAUCCUUUUGAAAUAAUGUAUUCUGGAUGGCAUUUAGAAUAUUAAGCAUUAUGUAUUCGAAACAAGAAAAUUACACAUUCCUAUUAUUUGCAUUUCAUUGUAGUAUUUAAGCAAGUGACCCGUGUUUUUGUCUGUUUGUACAUUUAAUCUUGUAAUGUUUUGUAUUGAAUGCUUAUUUAAGCAUUGCAGAAAAUAAUAAAUUAUUUUC